UACCGUCUUAAACUUCCGUUUGCCGGUGAAAAUAUUAUUCGGUUCUUAACGAUCUAUUUCAUCAAUAUUCCUCGAAACCUUUCUCAAUGUCUCGCGGUAGUAGUGCGGGGUUUGACAGACACAUCACUAUCUUCUCACCGGAAGGCCGGUUAUAUCAAGUUGAAUAUGCCUUCAAAGCCAUCAACCAGGGAGGUCUUACAUCAGUGGCAAUCCGGGGGAAAGAUUCAGCUGUUGUUGUCACACAGAAAAAAGUUCCAGAUAAGCUCCUUGAUCCAACCACUGUCACUCAUUUACAUCGACUUACUGAAAAUAUAGGAUGUGUUAUGACUGGAAUGCUUGCUGACAGUCGAUCUCAAGUGCAGAGGGCACGGUAUGAGGCAGCUAACUGGAAGUAUGAAUAUGGCUAUGAGAUCCCGGUGGACAUGCUAUGCAAGAGGAUGGCUGAUAUCUCACAGGUUUACACACAGAAUGCAGAGAUGAGACCACUGGGAUGCAGUAUGGUGUUGAUAGCCUACGAUGAUGAAAAUGGUCCCCAGGUGUUCAAGACUGAUCCUGCUGGUUAUUUCUGUGGGUUCAAGGCGACUGCCACAGGAGUCAAACAACUAGAGGCCAACAGUUAUUUAGAGAAAAAGAUCAAGAAGAAGCAAGACUUCUCAUUUGAUGAAAAUGUCCAGCUUGGCAUUACCUGUUUGUCGUCUGUGCUCUCUGCUGACUUCAAGCCUACCGAGAUUGAAGUUGGUGUCGUCACGAAGGAGAAACCCAAAUUUAGGGCAUUGACGGAAGCUGAGAUCGAUGUUCACCUUGUUGCAAUAUCAGAGAAGGACUAAAUAUCGAGAUAAUCAUAUUCUCAAUGAUUCCAAUAAAAAACACUUAAAAAACUAGCCACAUGUGGAUAGGACAUUGCCCUGAUAUCUGGGGUUGGAAACCAUUUAGGGUGGCGUUAAAUUGUGUUUCUUGUUCUACCAAUAGGAAAAAAGGGAUUUAAACUUCCAGAAGGGCUGCAUUAAAGUGUUGAGAAGUAUUUGAGGGGUGAUACAUUUCCCUCACAAGAGGUCACUGUUCGAUCAGAAAUGUGCUACUUUGAUUUGGAUUCAACUGAUAUCUCGAACGUAUCUGCACAUUUCUCAGCUCAUUUCAGCGUUGAUGACAUGCUAUUGAAUAAAAGAACCUCAUGUUCUCAUUGUGUUGACUC